AUGGCAAUGCUUUUAGCAACACUAAGUAAGAAGGGAAAUAAAAUCACAAAAAAGCCAACAAACACCGGCAAAGGUAACACGCUUCCGAAGAUCACUAAAGCCAAUUAUGCUUCCAUUCUGAAAAACGUUGCAUCCAAGUCGGAGUUAAAGGGAGAACCGUUCGACGCUGCCGAAUCUGAACUUACCGAGAAGGAGGUCGAGGAGCUCUUUCGCGGUAAAAAAACGGUUCGCAUGUGUAUACGAAUAGCAGAAACGAAUUAUGCAAAGCUCGAUCUGAGCUCAGUACAGAAAAUCAUAGUUUCAGGCUGUAAGAAUAAGGGCGAAGACAUUCCCGCUCUGGUUGUAGAAGAUAAUCAACUUUUGAAGAAAUUCUUCUUGUCUCCAAAACUUGUUGUUGAGUAUGGAUCAGGGAAUUUGCCCAUGAUGCGAAUACAAAGGAACAGAGACCUUGAGAACAUUGAUAUGCUCAAAUAUGCAUUCAAAAACAAAAAUGCGUUGAUUUUAGAAGACGGAGAAUGUCACAUCACAAAAGAGUUGACAACAUUCAACGGAAUUACGAACUGUAAAAUAAUCAGUGGCAAUAUAACUAUUUCAAGCUCGAUCGAGAAUCCGCCAGCAAAUUUCCGACUGCAGAAAAUUAGUGGCUGCUUGAGAAUAGAUGGUACAAACAUCACUAAUAUAGAUUUCCUAUCAGAUGUGACCUAUGGUCAAGUAACAUGCACUCGAGGAAAGCACGAUAGCGCAUGUCGGGCCCGUCCAAUUACUUCAGAGACUAUCAGUAGUUUUCAAAACUGCAAGAAAAUCUUGGGAAACUUGGAGAUUAUAGGAUGGCCAGAAGACGUAUCCCAGCUUCAGCAAGCAUUUGGUAACGUCGAGGAAAUUCAUGGACAGUUGUUGAUUACUAACACAUCUAUCAAAUCGACCGCAGACAUUUUUAAGUCACUACGAGUUGUCGAAAACCACGGUCCAACGGGUAGAGCUGUUAUCAUCAAGGAUAAUUCAAAUCUGGAAUUAAUUCAGAUAGAUUCUUUAGAAAGCAUUCAUUCUGAUCAGAAAACAGCAGUCAUCAUCCAACAGCCAAAAGCGAUUAUCACAUCGAAAACAAGCUACAGGUUGCGCGUUUCCACCUCAGGAAAGGUAGAACUAAAAGCCAUGGUUUCUAAUCCGGAUGAAGGAGGUAUGGUACCCUACUUUGUUUCUAACACAUUGAACGUAUGA